AGGACUAGGAAGGGGAAGAAAAAAAGGAAAAGAAAAAGAGGGAAGGGAAAAGGAAAGAGAGAAAGGGAGAUGAAGAAGGAGAGGAGACGGAAAGGAAAAGGAAGGUUUGGCUGUAGCACAACGAAUCUGCAGACGCCAGAUCAGCCCGGUCUGCCCUGGCCGACAGGUGCUGUGGGUGGACAAGCGCAGGGUGACCUGGCUGCCAGCACAGGGACACAGUUACGCUGCCACAUCCCUGGGCACAGGCUCCCGGGAGCUGCUUGCCCACAUCCCCCAAGGCAGCAGGCUUAGGCGUAGAGAGUGGAGGCCAUCCUACAUCUCCCUCUCCCGCACCGUUCGCUGAGGAGACACCACCUCCCUCACUCUGGGAGGCAACAAAGGUGUGAGGCUGAGCUGUGCGAGGUUGUCUCCCGCUGCUCUGUGCCCGGCCUGGCCAGGGUGCACCGGGCGGAUCUGGGGUGCAGGGCUGGCAGGGAGCGGGCAGGACUGGGGAGCACAGCAACUGGGGGCUAAUCCUGCCUCUCCUCUCUGCCAGGGGCCUGUGUUGGAAGGAGAUCUAAGAUGAAGUUAUGGGAUGUUGUGGCUGUCUGCGUGGUGCUGCUCAACACAGUCUCCAACUCGCCCCUGCCCACCGGUAAGACGCCUCCCAAGGGGCUCCCUUCAGUGGUAGAGGGGCCUGAAGACGAUCUCUCCCCCACCAGCCUGCCGCCUCCCUAUGCUGUGCACAGUGACUCUAAUAUGCCAGAGGAUUAUCCAGAUCAGUUUGAUGAGGUAGUGGACUUUAUUCAAGCCACUAUUAAAAGGCUGAGGAGGUCACCAGAUAAACAGACUCCAAUUUUUUCUAGGCGGGAGAGAAACCGGCAAAACGCAGCCACGAACAUAGAGAACUCCAGCAAAAAGGGAAGGAAGAAUCAAAAGGGCAAAAAUCGAGGAUGUGUCUUAACAGAAAUCCAUUUGAACGUAACUGACUUGGAUUUGGGAUAUGAAACCAAAGAGGAGCUAAUUUUCCGGUAUUGCAGUGGAUCUUGUGACGCAGCUGAGACCACCUAUGACAAAAUUUUAAAAAACUUAACCAGAAAGAAAAAACUGGUUACUGACAAAGUGAGGCAAGCUUGUUGCAGACCCACAGCGUUUGAUGAUGACCUGUCCUUUUUGGAUGACAACCUGGUUUACCACAUACUGAAAAAACAUUCCGCAAAAAGAUGUGGAUGCGUCUGACAGCUGCGCACCAGAGGUGGCGCCAGUUUUGCAUUCCUGCUACGAUGCAAAGAGAGGGACCAAGGUUCCCAGGGAAGCGUCUGUUCAGAGUGGAGAAGAGAGGACCAAGAAUGCAGAAAAAAGGGGAUAUGAGAACCCAGGGUUGGGGGCACAAGGCAGCGAAGGAGGAUGGAGGCUUUUGAUGUCCUACAGGAAAGGAAAUAAAAGCUCAGGUGGAGAUGCCAACAGCUGGAUGGCGUGCUGAUGGUUCCCUUUCCCAUUUGACACAGUCCACUGUCAGUGAGACUCGGAUCCAUGAGGAAUGUGCUUGAAAACACAAUCCUGCAUACCACGCUGUGUUUUAGUUCUACCAUCUGUGCCAGAAAGCUGAGCUGAGAACUGGCUUAGCGGUACCUUACUCGUCCCUUGUGCCCUCAGCUUUACUGAAAGAGACAUUGGGAUACUGCCCAUUGAAGGGCAGUUCCUAAGCACUUAGGACAAUUUCUAAGCUAUAAUGAGAUUAACCUCAUAACUAAGGGGAUAUCGGGAAAAUAUUUCCCAGGCUCAAGUUCUCUAGGGCCAGUAUUGAUACGAAGCAAAACAGUUCCGAUUACUGGUUAAGUUUGGUUAUUUCUAUCUUGUGUUUCUUUAAAACGAGUGUAGGAUUUCAUUCUUCUGCUACCUAUGAAAACAAGUUGAGUUUUAAGCACUUCUUUCUAGAAUAGUAAGAGAAAUAACAAACCCAGCCUACACAAAACGUGUUUCUUUUGGUUUACAAAGGACUAAUGUCACUUGCGUAACUACAUUUCUAUUUGGUCAUUGUGAGUGAGCAGACUACUUGAUGCGAUGCAUCCGUUCAGAGACAUAAAUAUACAGAAGAUAUUUAUUAAGAUUAAGUUAUUGUUAUUUAUUACAGUUCAGUAAUGAGACUCCUUUCCUUAUUUAUUAAAGUUUCUUUUCAAUGGUGCCAAAGUAGAAGGUGCUUGGAAGAUAGAGAGAGAGACAAUGAAAUUGGGAACAAUGGUCCAUGCUUUUAAUUGAAAGUGUUAACUUGAAUGCAAAAAAUCACUUACUUUACCUUUUUUUCUUUUAAACAAAAUCCUGUUAAUGUUCACAAAAUGUAGCGGCGAAGCCUGCAACCCUUCUGUUCACUAAUACUUUUGAAAACUACUGCAGUCAUUCAUGCACAGCAGCAGUGACUCUGGACAAGUGGGGGUCACAGGACUUGGCUCAACAUUAGCAAUUUGUUAGAAAAACUAAUUCUAGUCAUAUUUUAAAUGUAGCCACUUUUUUUUUUCCUCACACUUUUUGCCAACUGACCUCAUAUAACUAUUGAAAAAUGGAAAAUAAUCACAUUUAGCCUUAUAAUUUCUUGUUAUAUUUAUUUAUGCUUUUCCUUCCAUUUUUCCGUGUAGAAGAGGUUAAAUCUCUCUUACUAGUUAGCCCUGGAUUUAUAUAGUCUGCAGGUAAACAACUGUGUUAAAUAACCAAAGUGUUCUGUAUAAUUUGCUGAAAUGUUACAGGAUCCUACCCAGGCAGCAGAACAGUCUGAGUUUCCUUAGGGUGAGGGAGGUUGCACAGCAAAGGCGUUCGUACCGCACCGCUAAUGCAAGCUCUCAUUCUGGAGACCUUUUUCUUGAAGGAGCAGCAGUGCAGGUCACUAGCCAUGCCUGACAACCAGUGAAGCAUCAGCUCCCACAAAAACAGCAGGAAGAAAAAAAAAUUCCUACUGAAAACCGAAAAACUGUGGUCCGACCUUUUAUCUCGUGCACGCAGUGGCUCUCGUGCUCCUUUUGCCCUAGGCCCCUCAGGGCACCACAGGAGAAGGGUCUAGAGAACAAAAAAAUUCCAGAACAGGCAUAGAAGGAUGUGCCAGGUACUACGGGGAUAUAGGGAAAAUAUUUCCCAGGCUCAAGUUCUCUAGGGCCAGUUCCAAUUCCAAGCAAAACAGUUCCAUUGUACGAAAUGUGAUUCAGCCUUGACCUCCACUGCUUUCCUGGGUGGAUGGAGGGAGCCUCAGAGCCCACAUGCAGGGUUCAUUCUUGCACUGCCAUGGGGACACCUUACUCUACAUGAUGGGCAGGAGUGGUACGGCUCAUACCACCACCAACGUCAGCAUGAUUUGGGCAGUAAGAGCCUGCUAAGCCGAGGGUCGGCUGUGCUGUGGGGCGGUUGACCAGGCACGGCGCUCAGAGGAGUGCUUUCAUGCGCUCCAAAUGCUGAGAACUUGCCCCACAGCGUUUUCUGUGCAGCUUGAAGAGGCAACCAAAGCAAAUCGCUAUGUUCAAAAUACAAAAGGGUAAAGUUUGUGAUUUUUUUUUUUUAUUUUUCAGACCUUACUGAAGACAGGAGUGUGCUUCUCUGGAGUUUUUUACUUUACCUGCAAUUUAUGUCUCAGUCAUUUGUGUUAAUCAACCAAAGUUCUCUACAGACUUUAUUUUUGUACAAUAUUCAUUUUAUAACUUUUUACAAAAUAAAACUCAUUUCUAUUGUUACCUGGUUUGUUGCUUGUGCUUCUGCCCGUUACACCAC